UAGGACCUCAUGAAACCCUUUGUGGGAUUCGGAAAACUGGCUCUGGCAUGCUUGUGCACUGCAGGUGGAGAUAGGAACGAUGCAUAUCCCCCCCACUGCGGAGGAACACGCCACCAUGAGCAACGUUACUGUCCGUGACAGUGCGGAGUCUGCGCACCGCAACAUGAACGCAGCCGCUCCCUACCCCGUGAGCUUCCAGGUGACGCUGACCGGCUUCCUCAUGCUGGAGAUCGCUCUGGGCCUCAGCAGCAACCUGACCGUGCUGGUGCUCUACUGCAUGAAGUCCAACCUCAUCAACUCGGUGAGCAACGUGGUCACGGUGAACCUGCACGUGCUGGACGUGCUCAUCUGCGUGGGCUGCAUCCCUCUCACCAUCGUCCUCAUCCUGCUCCCGCUGGAGGGCAACACGGCGCUCGUCUGCUGCUUCCACGAGGCCUGCGUCUCCUUUGCCAGCGUGGCCACUGCCUCCAAUGUGCUGGCCAUCACGCUGGACCGAUACGACAUCUCGGUCAAGCCCGCCAACCGGGUGCUGACUAUGAGCCGGGCCAUGGCGCUGCUCUCGGCCAUCUGGGCUCUCUCCCUUGUUAGCUUCCUGGUGCCCUUCAUGGAAGUGGGCUUCUUCAGCCAGGCCGGCUUGGAGCAGAACCUCACGGUGCCGGCAGUGGCCCAGACCAACCAGUACUACACCGAGCUGGAACUGUACUACCACCUUCUUGCCCAAAUCCCCAUCUUCUUCUUCACUGCUGUGGUGAUGCUCAUCACCUACUCCAAGAUCCUGCAGGCGCUCAACAUCCGCAUCGGUACGCGCUUCCACGUGGUGCCGAAGAAGAAGGUCCGUAAGAAGAAAACCAUCUCCAUGACAACGCAGCCGGACGGCACAGACGCUUCGCAGAGCAGCACGGGCCGCAACACCAUGCUGGGCAUGCGCACGUCUGUGUCUGUCAUCAUCGCCCUGCGUCGAGCGGUUAAGCGACACCGCGAGCGGCGCGAGAGGCAAAAGAGGGUCUUUCGAAUGUCCCUGCUCAUCAUCUCCACAUUCCUGCUGUGCUGGACCCCCAUCACUGUCCUCAACACGGUCAUCCUGAGCGCAGGCCCCAGUGACCUCACGGUUAAGCUCCGGCUGGGCUUCCUGGUCAUGGCCUACGGGACCACCAUCUUCCACCCACUGCUGUACGCCUUCACGAGGCAGAAGUUCCAGAAGGUGCUAAAGAGCAAGAUGAAGAAGAGGGUGGUGUCCAUCGUAGAGGCGGACCCACUGCCCAACAAUGUGGUCAUCCACAACUCGUGGAUCGACCCCAAAAGGAACAAAAAGGUGACCUUUGAGGAGAACGAAGCCCGGCAGAAAUGUCUGUCAUCGCAAGAGGUGGAAUAACCUCCCAGAACGCUUAUCGGGCGCCAGGGGACCAGGCGUCCAAAGCUGAACUCCAAG